AUGAAAAAUAAUUUUAAUUAUCACCCCUAUCAUUUAGUUGAUUAUAGUCCAUGACCUUUAACUGGAGCUAUUGGAGUCUUAACUUUAGUAACUGGAAUAAUAAAAUGAUUUCAUAAUUUUAAUAUAAAUUUAUUAAUUUUAGGUUAUAUUAUUACAAUUUUAACUAUAUUUCAAUGAUGACGAGACAUUUCUCGAGAAGGUACAUUUCAGGGUAAACAUACAAUUUUAGUUACAAAAGGACUUCGAUGAGGAAUAAUUUUAUUUAUUGUAUCAGAAAUUUUUUUCUUCAUUUCUUUUUUUUGAGCUUUUUUUCAUAGAAGUUUAUCACCUAAUAUUGAAAUUGGAGCUAUAUGACCUCCUUUAAAUAUUAUUCCAUUUAAUCCUUUUCAAAUUCCUUUAUUAAAUACAAUUAUUUUAAUUAGAUCAGGAAUUACAGUAACUUGAACUCAUCAUGCUAUCAUAGAAAAUAAUUAUACACAAGCUGUUCAAAGAUUAUUUUUAACUAUUAUAUUAGGAAUUUAUUUUACUAUUUUACAAGCAUAUGAAUAUAUAGAAGCUCCUUUUUCUAUUGCAGAUAGAAUUUAUGGAUCAACAUUUUUUAUAGCAACUGGUUUUCAUGGACUUCAUGUAAUUAUUGGAACUAUUUUUUUAACAGUUUGUUUUAUUCGACAAUUAAAUAAACAUUUUUCAAUAAAUCAUCAUUUCGGUUUUGAAGCAGCAGCUUGAUAUUGACAUUUUGUAGAUGUUGUUUGAUUAUUCCUUUAUAUUUCAAUUUAUUGAUGGGGAAAUUAA